CUCUUGUCUUGUACUCCACUGUUGGUGUUGACCCCGGAGUUUCCUGCUGCUCUGUGCUACCUGCAACCGACGGCGAGGACACCAUACGGUCCUUUCACCAUCCAGGGUUUACCCGUUAUCCACAAAGAGCAUUGUAAUCAACGACGGUCCUAUGCUGGAUCUGUCUACUUGGUUCUCUACUUGUUGUGAGAAACAGAUAUCCGCCACGGCCGUGGAAAUGGGCUUGCAAAAGUUGCCGUACGACUUGCUGCUGAACAUUGCUACCUAUCUCAGCCUGUACGACGUGCAUGCGCUACAUCUGACUUGCAAAUCCUUGUACGACUUCUCCAUUACCCGUCCGGUGUACCGCCAGCUUGCUACUGAUCUGCUCAAGCGAUGCCGGGCUCUCCCUCUCAAGGGCUUCCAGCGCCCUAUGGAACUGACGACUCCACAGCUAAUACGCGCCGUCAACAAAGCUACUCGCAACGAGCACGCAUGGCACAGACGCGCACCCAGGCCCAUCAGGCGACAGUACGAACCAGGCAUACACCCGCUCAGCAACUACCUAGACUCGGACGAGAAUAUUUAUGACCCUAGACCCCCCUUGUGGUACAGAAUCGUACGCUCUCCCCCCGACGAAGAGGUCGACUGGCUGUCGCCCAUCACCUCCAGCUAUACUCUCUGCGCUACCAAGAGUGGCAAGGUUGUCUGCUGGGAUAUCCAGACAGACACCUGUCUCGCAGAAUGGACUCCGGGUGAAAAGUGGGAGCUGUGGAAGUGCAGGGUCGAGUUCGAGACCCGCUCCGUCUACUUUACAAUGGCUAAGGUUCCAUCUGGCUCGUACGAUGACACCCAGAUUAUGGAAUUCAUCCUAAUGCGGCUACGGUUCCCGGAGCCUCUCGCCAACGGUACGCUGAAUGGCUCGCCUACGUUUAAUCACGUUACGCACUUCAAAACGAGAGGAGUGGUCAUGAACGUAUUCCUGCUCGAUCCAGUUGCUAGACUCUUGUCGAGCUACAUUUGGAUAUCGACCUCGAACACCAUCGCCCUCUAUCUCUUGCCGGACUGGAGCAAGGACGAGUACGUCUUCAUUGAUACGGGCAUCGAAUGUUCCGUCUCAUCCAAUUGGUCCUGCAUCUUGUUAGAUAAGAUCAUCGUUGUUCACUGCGAGGAACACGAGGCUCUAUCUCAGUAUUUCUAUCCGGUGGCCCUCCUCAUGGCGCACAUCAGACCGGCGGCAAAAGUGCCAAUGAUAUCAGGACAUGUGCCGCCGUUUCGCUCUCUGAGCAAAAAAUUCAUCUUCCCUCCUCUCAUAUCACCUACUAACGACGACAACGCAAUACCGAUUUAUGCCACAGAUCCACCCAGCCUCCUCGCUAUAUCCACCAGCAGCGCCGCGACAAACCCGUUCCCGUUCCCUCCUUGGUACCCAGAAAGCGCGCACUUUGUCCGGCAAUGGUGGCCUGCACUUCAUGGUAUGCCUCGCGUCAGCUGCACCGUCAUCCUCAUGGCCUCACACGACCCCGUAACCCACAAAACCCGAUUCAUCCUCGCCCAACACUACUUUCGGGUCCCCAUGCUCGAUGUUGACCCCGACUGGUUGUGCUUCCCCGCUCCCCGCCCCCCCUCCUCCUCCUCUACCAAAUUCCCCGACACACACCUCAUGAAACUUUGGUACGUCAGUACCCCGUUUGAGAUCGUCUGCGUCCUGGACGGGCCAGAGCCCGAGCCAGACGAGGAGACAGACAGGCCUCGACCGCUCAUCGCUGUCGAUUUCGGGCAUGCGGUGUGGAUCGAGUACAUCGAAGUCGAUGGGGACGCCGAGGACAAGUGGUUGCGCUUCGUCACUUUCCCGCCGUAUGACGAGGAUGGGAGCAGGUGUGGUGGGUUCGCCCAGCAGAGCGAGGUUCGCACGCUUGAGAUUCCAGAUGAGCUCAAGUUGGAUGAGGUUGAGACGAUCAAUAUCGAUCAGAGCCAGGGGGCGGUUAUCCUGUCUGUGAAGGAGGGGAGGAUCUUUAUUCUUUGUUAUGAGUGAUGAAUUUAAUUGAUGCUGUUUUUUUAUUCUAAUCUUAAUUUCUUAUGGGCAUAAUGCUGUCCUACAACACUAGCAGGUAUCUCCCUAGCCGAAGCCCUCUUUGCUACAGCACAAAUAAAUUUAUUCCUUCAUGUCUAAGAAC